AAUAGCUGCUCCGCAGUUUUCAACUACAACUUCGCCAACUUUGGAAGUGGAGCUGUGGAGAGGGCCUUCGAGUCGGCAAGCAAAUGCGCGGAGCCGAAACUAGCUCAUGGAUGAAGCAGCUCGCCAGCUCUUCCCGGCAAGGUCGCCACGGCCACGCGCUCCAUCUCUUUUUCACCCGCCUGAGCCUCCAGGCCAGCAUCGCCGGCACGGUGGACCCCUACCCUGCUUCCGUGCCGACCGCCCUCCGCGCCUGCGCGCACCUCGCCGACGCUGCCUCCGGCCGCCUCAUCCACGCGCUCGUGCUCACGCGCCCCGCCCUCGCCUCGGACAAAGUCGUCGCGACCGCGCUGCUCGACAUGUACGCCAAGUGCGGCCUCAUUCCAAGCGCCCGCAAGGUGUUCGAUGAAAUGCCGGCGAGAGACCUCGUCGUCUGGAACGCGCUGCUCGCGGGCUACGCGCGGCACGGGCUUCCAGAGCACGCGCUGGCGCUGGCUGUCAAGAUGCGGGGCCUCGGCCUGAGCCCCGAUCUGGUCACCUGGAAUGCUGCCGUGUCGGGCUUUGCCAUGGCCGGCGAUGGCAGAAUGGCCAGCGAUCUGGUCGGCGCCAUGCAAGAGGACGGGUUCCAGCCAGAUGUGGUGACAUGGACGACGCUCGUCUCUGGCUCGGUGCUGAACUUCCAGUACGGCAGAGCGCGAACCCUGUUCCGGGAAAUGGUGGCCGGUGGCGCCCGUGUCCUGCCAAGCUCGGCCACGCUUAGUAGCAUCUUGCCAGCAUUUGCCGGAGUCGGUGACACAAAGCAUGGGAAGGAGGUCCACGGCUACGCUGUCGUGACCGGUGUCGAGCAGGAGCUCACGGUGAGCAGCGCGCUCGUCGACAUGUACGCCAAGUCCGGGCUUGUGCACGAAGCGUGCCGCUUGUUCGACAAAAUGGCAGAAAGGAGCACCGUGACAUGGAAUUCCAUGAUCUUCGGGCUGGCGAAUUCCGGCCACUGCCGGGAAGCAGUCAGCCUCUUCGACCGGAUGCUGGGCGAAGAAGCGACGCCGGACCACCUGACGUUCACCGCCGUUCUGACGGCUUGCAGCUACGGUGGCAUGGUCGAGGCCGGGAAGGCAUUGUACCAGCGCAUGCGAGAUGAGCGCGGCAUCGUGCCGAGGCUGGAGCACUACGCCUGCAUGGUGCAUUUGCUGGGCCGAGCCGGGAGGCUCGUCGAGGCGCACGAUUUCAUCAGGGCGAUGCCCGUGGAGCCCGACUGCUUCGUCUGGGGGGCGCUGCUCGGUGCCUGCCGGAGUCACGGGAACGUCGAGCUCGCGGAGCUGGCGGCGUCCCGCGUGCGCACCGUCGAGCCAGAAAACGCUGCGAGCUACGUGCUGCUCUCGGGCGCGCUGGCAGAUGCUGGCAAGCAGAACGACGUUCUCAAGAUCAAAAGGUUGGUGAAGAGACGGCGGCUGAAGAAGCUUGACGGUUGCAGCUGGCUAGAGACGUCCUAGCUAUGGCAACGAUAAGCAGGCUAAGAGCAUUACUAGUAGAACCCUCAAACCUUCACUAGCAUUUUAAGGGUCCAGAAAUAAAUUUUUUAUGCACUUUUACGAAUUGAAAAACAGAGACAAAGAUUAGAACUUUUAAACCCAACCCUUAUAACGGAAUAUUCUCCAUGAACGACGUUGUCGUUGCGCGCGGGAGGUUGACGGGGUGGCCGCCGGCGACGGGGGCGACUAGCAGCGGCGGUCGCGAGCGUGGACGCGGGAGUUGGGAGGAUUUUUCCCUCCCGCGCGAGUAUAACCGCCAAAUGAGGGUUGGGAUAGGUUUUGCUCCCCAACCCUUACUUUUGAGGAUUGGGAAAGGGUUUAAGGAUUGGACCUUUAAAAAAAUUUGAGGGUUUGAGGGUUAAGGGGUUCUAGUCUAUGGCUUUUUUUCGACGAAAACUGUAAAAAAGCAGUUAUUUUUAGGGGUUUGAGGGCUCUACUAAUAAUGCUCUAACAU